UUUCCUUUUUUUUUUUUUUAUCAGUUUGCACAAUCGCGUAGAUAAACACCGAGGAAGAGAGUCUCUUUAAUUAUCAAAGACACAUCUUUCCAGGGGUCCAACAAAAGCGCUAUUUCACCCGCCAAAGUAAAGGAGAGGUAUUCCACUUUUAGAAGCAAGAUGCAAGCCAUCUGGGACCUUGAACAAGGGAAAUAUGGUUUUGCGGUACAGAGAGGCAGGAUGCCGCCCACCCAGCCGACCCACGGGCAGUUUGCGCUGACCAACGGGGACCCCCUCAACUGCCACUCGUACCUGUCCGGAUAUAUUUCUCUGUUGCUGCGCGCCGAGCCCUACCCCACGUCGCGCUUCGGCAGCCAAUGCAUGCAGCCCAACAACAUCAUGGGCAUCGAGAACAUUUGCGAACUGGCCGCGAGGAUGCUCUUCAGCGCCGUGGAGUGGGCCCGCAACAUCCCCUUCUUCCCGGACCUGCAGAUCACCGACCAGGUGGCCCUGCUUCGCCUCACCUGGAGCGAGCUGUUCGUGCUCAACGCCGCGCAGUGCUCCAUGCCCCUCCACGUCGCCCCGCUCCUGGCCGCCGCCGGCCUGCACGCCUCGCCCAUGUCCGCCGACCGGGUGGUCGCCUUUAUGGAUCACAUACGGAUCUUCCAAGAGCAAGUGGAGAAGCUCAAGGCCCUGCACGUCGACUCCGCCGAGUACAGCUGCCUCAAGGCCAUAGUUCUGUUCACCUCAGAUGCCUGUGGCCUUUCGGACGUCGCCCACGUGGAGAGCUUGCAGGAGAAGUCCCAGUGCGCCCUGGAGGAGUACGUCCGGAGCCAGUACCCCAACCAGCCGACGCGCUUCGGGAAGCUCUUGCUGAGACUCCCCUCCCUGCGCACCGUCUCCUCCUCGGUUAUAGAACAAUUGUUUUUCGUCCGUUUGGUAGGUAAAACCCCCAUCGAAACCCUCAUCCGGGAUAUGUUACUGUCCGGCAGCAGUUUUAACUGGCCGUAUAUGGCAAUUCAAUAAAAAUUAAAAAAAUAAAAUAAAAUAAAUAAUUUUUUUUUUUUUUUCUCAAAGUAAGAAGGGGGAGUGAAACAGAGAAACAAAAGGCCCAAGAGACUGGUUUGUUUGCUUAAAUUCCUUCUGUUAAGAAAGGAUAUAAAAGAAUGUUACCAGUUUGCUAAAAGAAGAGAGGAAAGAUUUAAUGGACUGUGAAUUUCCAAAAAAAAAAAAAAAAAAUUAAAAAGACUGUCAAGUGAACUUUUACAGAAUGCAUUAAAAAAAAAAACUCCUGUGUCCGUCAGAACAACUUGCUACUUUUUUUUUUUUGUAUAAAAAGGAAAUUAGUCGUUUUUUUUUUUUCUCCUUUUGGUAAAUUUUUGAAAAAAUAUUGCUAAAAAGUGCAUUUAAGGAGAUUGGGAGAAAAUUAGCAGAAUGGAGAAAGUCUCUCUCUCUCUUUUUUUUUCUUCCCCAAAUUAUUAAUUGUCCUGUGUCUAUGUACCUCUAGCUGUUAUUUCUUUGUACUUUCCUGGUUCCAAACCAGUUUAUUCUGUGGUUCUAUAAUAAGUUUUGAUAUAAUCUUGGCUUCUUAAAAACUGUGUAUCCUUAAAAUAUAUGUUCUGCAAGAAUUAAAACCGAGUCCAUGAAAAUAUCAUAGGAAGACAUAAAACUUUAAAAGGCAAGUCAGAGGUGAUGGGAGCGCACUUAGAGGUGGUGACCAAAAAUUUUAGGUGACGCGGAGCACUGUUAAUUUGAAAAUUGGAGGAACCACGUACAACACUUAACUCCCCCUACCCUGCCCUCCUCCCCCCCCCAAAAGACACCGAGACACAAACCUAGCUUUUUAAAAAUAUUUUAAGAAAGAGAAUGAACUGUGGAAUUUAUUGGCAGCCCAGGAAUGUGUCCAAGACACGUGCUGAGGUUUUCAAUAAAACGUGAACUUUUGUAAUUUGAAUUGAGUCCCGCUUAGUUCUUGAAUUGUUAUGAAAACCGUAUAUCUGUUUGUACAUUUGCAAACCCUUUGUAUUAUAAUUGUUGAUAUUCCCUUUUUAAAAGAAAAAAAAAUGCCAUUGAAAUCAGCAUGACAACUGUUGGCACUUAUAGGUAAUGUGAUUGAGUCCCUACCUUAGAGUUUACAGUUUGUGUUUUAAAAAAAAAAAAACUGAAGGUUUUUUUUUUUUUUUAAGUGCAACAUUUCUGUAUACUGUAAAAGUUAUAAUAACUGAACUGUUUGGUCGAGUCUUUGUGUGUUAUAUUCCAAGGAAAAUUUGAAAGUAUUCAGAAAUUAAAAUAUUAUUUGAUAUCUGAAA